AACGAACUCGCCUGCCCCGUUUGGGAAGCUGGCGAUCGACAACACCGGGGUUCGUCUCUCCCCCUCGUUCUUGUCCGAGGGAAGCAACCACUAGGCAUUGAGAUGGAUCCUUGCACGCUUGCCUUCUGUCCAGCAAUUACAGUGCCUGAAGUCCAUGAUUCAGAUGAAAAGCUUCUUCAGACUGGAGUUUUGGCCUCAUGCCUUCUGGCCACCAUGAUGGAUUCAGGAACUUCAUGCACAGGGAUGAGGAGGUGAACUACUUCCCUUCCAGGUAUGAUCCUGUUCGACAUGCAGAGAGGUACCCAGUUCCCACCUGUGUUGUUAAUGCAAGGCGUGCGAAACAUAUCCAGUCAUGAAUGAUACAAAUAGGGGCACUCCUGAGAAAAAGCUUUACACACGAUUGAGGUUAUGGCAAUUCCCAGACAAGUAUAUACUUGAACCAAUCGAUGGCACUGCCGAGUCAUUUUUGUCAAUCAGUCGUUUUGACGGAUCAAUUAACUUAAUAGGUGAGCUUUCAAAAUGCAGUGCGACGGAAUCUCCAAAUGUUCGUACUAUCUUUGGUGUGAUUGGCAUGCUUAAGCUUUUAGUAGGAACAUACUUAUUGGUUAUAACGGAGCUUGAAAGUGUUGGAUCUUACCUAGGGCAUGCUAUUUACAGGGUCUCAGGCAUGCAAAUUCUUCCAUGCAAUCAUUCUCUGAAUAAUUCCUCUGCUGAGCAGAAAAAGAUGGAAGCUGAGUUCUCUGUUCUUCUAAAUGCUGCAGAGGGGACUUCAGGUCUGUACUUCUCCUAUGAUGUCAAUUUAACACUCUGCUUACAGAGGUUACAUGAGUUAGGCAAUGAGUCUAAGCUGCUUCCUCUUUGGAGACAGGCAGAACCUAGAUUUCUUUGGAAUAGCUACAUGUUGGAAGCACUCAUUGAUAACAAGCUGGAUUCAUAUGUGCUACCUAUCAUUCAAGGAAGUUACCAAAAUUUCCAAGCAGCUAUUGGUCGAAAAGUAGUUGAUGUUACCUUAAUUGCACGUAGAUGCACAAGGAGAACAGGUACUCGGAUGUGGAGAAGAGGAGCCGACAUGGAGGGCUAUGUUGCAAAUUUUGUUGAAUCUGAACAGAUAUUGCAAUCAAAUGGAUUUACAGCAUCCUUUGUCCAAGUUCGAGGGUCCAUGCCAUUUCUAUGGGAGCAGAUUGUUGAUUUGACAUAUAAACCUAAGUUUGAGAUUGUUAGGCCUGAGGAAGCGUGUCGUGUUGCUGAACGUCACUUCUUGGAUUUGAGUAAUAAAUAUGGUUCAGUCUUAGCUGUUGAUCUUGUCAACAAGCAUGGAAGUGAGGGACGUCUGAGUGAAAGAUUUGCAAAUGCAAUGCAGACCAUUCGAAAUGAUGACAUUAGGUAUGUACAUUUUGACUUUCACCAAAUCUGUGGCCAUAUACAUUUUGAGCGUCUCUCACUCCUCUAUAAUCAAAUUGAGGACUACCUGAAUAAGCAUGGAUACUUUCUUUUGAAUGAGAAAGGUGAGAAAGUUUCAGGUCAGACAGGAGUUGUGAGAACAAAUUGUAUUGACUGCUUAGAUCGAACGAAUGUUACACAGAGCAUGAUUGCAAGAAAAGCGUUGGAAAGCCAACUCAAGCAAAUUGGAAUUUUUGGUUCUGAUGACUCAAUUAGUGCAUACCCAUAUUUUGAUGCAAGCUACAAAAUUUUAUGGGCUAAUCAUGGAGAUCAUAUUAGCAUUCAAUAUUCUGGAACUCCUGCCCUGAAAGGAGAUUUUGUGAGGUAUGGAAAUCGAACAGUACAGGGAAUUCUAAAAGAUGGAUGGAAUGCUCUAGCUCGUUAUUACUUGAAUAACUUUGUUGAUGGGACAAAACAGGAUGCAAUUGAUCUGCUACAAGGGCAUUACAUUGUGUCUCUAAGUCGAGAUAUGAGUUCUCCAACAAAAGCAGGAGCCUUGGAAACAUAUGCGUCCUUUCGACUGGCACUAGCGUUGGUCUUGACUGGGCUUAUGUUUGCACUGAUGUCUCUACGACAAGCUCAAAUCAAUGUUCGCCACAUAUUGCUCUCACUUGUUUGGGCAAGUCUGAGUCUGGGUAUAGCAGCAUUUGUGCGAGCCAAUGGUCGGUUGUUUACCAAUAGGCCUCGUCUUUUAAGAUCAAAGCAUUGAUAGGGAUCUAGGCCCUAUCAAUGAUUCUUUCAGCACAGUCAAUGAUUCUUCCUUAUUGAUUGGAUAGUGAAGAAUUUUUCUUCAUGGAAUUGGACAGACCAAGCCUUGUUUGUCAAGUGAAUUUUCUAAACUUAUUUAUUUGACAAUAAUUAUAUCCUUGAAACAAGAUGAAAUAAAUCAAAAAAUGAAAUUUUGUUCAA